AUGACAAAGACAACUUCAGUUGAAGAAACAACUGCAUUACCACCUAGAGAUGCAGUGACAUCUGGACAAACAGCUGGACCCACAGCAGCAAAUAGUCCCUCAGUUUCAAUGUCAGGCAAUACAGUGGCAAAUGGUCCUGUGUCUGUGACAUCUGCUCAGACAACCAGUGUGACUGUAACUUCUAGGCAAUCACAUGAAUUGAGUAAGACAUCCACACAAUCAGCUGGGAGCACAGUGCUAUCUACUUUAGUUUCAAAUCCAACUAGAAUAUCCUCUCACCCUACAACAACAACUGCAAUAUCAUCAGCAGAAAUGCAACAAACAAGUACAGAAACUGUUACUGGAACAGGAACAACUGGUGUGUCAAUUACAAUUACAGAGAGAUCGGCACAAUCUCUUACACAAUCACCAACAUCUGGACCAUCAUCUCAAGCACCCAAAACCACUAAGGUAUCAAUUACUGGCACAGAAUCGACUGCCCCAACAAGUGGAAGCACCAUGACAAAGACAACAUCAGUUGAAGAAACAACUGCAUUACCACCUAGAGAUGCAGUGACAUCUGGACAAACAGCUGGACCCACAGCAGCAAAUAGUCCCUCAGUUUCAAUGUCAGGCAAUACAGUGGCAAAUGGUCCUGUGUCUGUGACAUCUGCUCAGACAACCAGUGUGACUGUAACUUCCAGGCAAUCACAUGAAUUGAGUAAGACAUCCACACAAUCAGCUGGGAGCACAGUGCUAUCUACUGUAGUUUCAAAUCCAACUGGAACAUCCUCUCACCCUACAACAACAACUGUAACAUCAUCAGCAGAAGGUCGACAAACAAGUACAGAAACUGUUACUGGAACACGAACAACUAGUGUGUCUACCUUAGUUACAAGGAGUUCUGCACAAUCUCUUGCACAAUCAGCAAGAACUGGACCCUCAUCUAGUACACUGGAAACAACUAAAGUAUCAGUUACUGACUCAAGUGAAGCUGGCUUGUCAACUACAGUCACUUUGAGAAAUACAUCAUCAGUUGCAGAAUCAGCAAUAACACUAUCCUCAGCUAAAGUACUGUUAACUACUAGGGUAACAGUCACUGGUUCAGUGACCACUGGUGCUUCCACUGCAGUUACAGGCACUACUGGUUCUUCCAGUGGAAAAUCAUCUUCAACUGCAUUACCAGGUAGCAUUUCACCUUCUUCUGGACAAGUAUCUGCAACUACUAGUGUGCCUACACCUUCAUCUUCAGGAUCACAAUCUAUAGGCACAUUUAGUGAUUGGACUUCAACAUUAGAACCAUCACCCAGAGUGACUGUAACAUUUGAGCCCUCACCUGGAAACACAUGGACAUCCAGUUUAUCCACUGAUGUUCCUGGAAGAACUGUACAAGCUGAUGAAGGAACCACAAACCGAGGAAAUAGUACUAGCAGACCAGGAGCUGAGCCUACAACAAAUGAAGACCCAUUUAUCAGAAUUCCAGACAUAUUAAUUGAAGUGCCAUCAAAACAGCCUGAAGUAACAGCCACCACGGGUCUCCUCCCUUCCACAACUGUUGCUCCACACAGUUCCAACACAGAGGCCACGACUUCCCUACGAGUAAACGAAACAGUAACAAGUGAAGCAGUCACGGAGUCCACAACUUCCACAGGAGGCAGUGAAACUACCCAUGCAGAAGUUCGAACAGAGGCUACAACUCGAACAGAGAAUAAUGAGACCCAGGGAAGCAGAGCCACAGCAGGUACCACCCAUGCAGCUAUAAGUGUGACCGAGGCAUCUGGAAGUCCCAGCAGCGAAACCACAGCUUCCACGGGAGUCAGUGAAGCCAUGGUCACAGGAAACAAUGCAGAAACCACUACAUCAGCUGGAGGAAAUACGGGCUCGGAGAGUUCUACUUCAGGAGUCCCCACAGAAGCACCAGGCAGCCAAAGCACAGGAGGAAAAACAGACUCCACGUCAACAGCAGCUGUCGUCACAACCAGUGCCCGCGUGUCCCAGCCAGAAACCGCUACCAAAGCAACAGAGGGUCAAGACACUGGAAAGGAAACAGUGUGUCCAGGCACGCUUCCACCAGCCCCAGUGUGUCAUGGUCCACUGGGAGAAGAGAAAUCACCUGGAGACACAUGGAUAUCUAACUGCCACCAGUGUACCUGUACUGACGCACAGGCUGUGGACUGCAAACCCAAAGAGUGUCCUUCUCCGCCCACCUGCCAAACUGGAGAGAAGCUUAUGAUAUUCAAAUCGAAUGACUCCUGCUGUGACAUCGGCCACUGUGAACCAAGAACCUGUUUAUUUAACAAUACAGAUUAUGAGAUUGGUGCAUCCUUUGAUGAUCCUAGCAACCCAUGUGUCUCCUACACCUGCAACAGCACUGGCUUGGUGGCCGUGGUUCAGGACUGCCCAAAGCAAACGUGGUGUGCAGAAGGAGAGAGAACCUACGAUUCAAAGAAAUGUUGCUACACAUGUAAGAGUGACUGUAGAACUUCUCCUGUGAAUGUGACCGUUAGGUAUAACGGUUGUAGGAAGAAAGUUGAGAUGGCAAGAUGUAUAGGAGAAUGCAAAAGGACUCUCAAGUACAAUUAUGAGACCUUCCAAUUGGAGAAUUCGUGUGUUUGCUGCCGUGAAGAAAACUAUGAGUACAGGGACAUUACACUUGAUUGCUCUGAUGGCAGCACCAUCCCAUACAGAUACAGGCACACUACAACCUGCUCAUGUCUGAACCAAUGUGAACAGUCUGCAGCCAGUUAAUACCUACCCACAUUUCCUUCCCAGUUGCACCUAUUUUAGAA